AUGAGCAUUACUAAUCAACAGCAACAAAUGCAAGGCUCAUCAUCAUUACAUCAACCAUCGAAUCAUAAUACGUUGGGAUCGGAUCAUCCGAAUACAAGAAAUGAUUCUAUUAUUUCACCCGUAGAAAUGACUCCAAAUAUUAUUCAUAAAUUAUUGUUGGAAAUGGAUGAACGUAUUGAUAAACUUUUUCAACAAUUGGAUGGACUUGAAAAUAAUAAUAAUAAUAAUACUAGUAUUGAUUUAGAAGAGGAACAUUUGGAAAUGACAAAAUUAAUGGGAUAUAUUAAACAAGAAGUAAAUUAUAUGACAAAAUGUGAUCAAUCUGUACAUUUAUGGAAAUUUGCUGAUACUUUAAAACAAAAUAAUGCUCUCACUUUAAAUCAAUCAACAAGUGGACAAUAUGUUGGAGAAAAUGAAUAUGAUGAUGAUUCUAGUAAUAGAUUUAAACCAUUUAAUAGACAUUCUAAAUUACCAUCUAUAGAUAAUAUUCACAAAACAAGCACUGAAUUUGAUGAAUCUUUUAAUGAAACUCAACAUGAUUUAUUUACACAAGAUUUAUUAGAUAGUCAUAUUGAUUUUAAAGCUUAUCAAAAUGAAGGUGUAAAUACAGAUAGUGAAAAUGAUGAUAGUCUUAACGAGUUACAAAAAUAUUAUAUUACUGAAGACUCAAAAUCUCCAAUUUCGUCACUCAAAUCCCAUUCAGAUCCUGUUAAUUGUGUUGCCUUUACUCCAAGUGAUAGAUUCAUUAUAACAGGAACAGACAAUGGAGAGUUACGUAUUUUUGAUUAUAGAAACAUGACAAAACCAGUCAAGACUAUUCCAAUCAAAUCAGGAGGUGUCAAUAAUAUUUCAAUAUCUGAAUACCACCAGAGAAUGUUAGUUUCUUUGGAUAAACGUGUGGCUAAAAUUUAUGAUUUGAGUGGUCAUUGUCAUAAUACAUUGAGAGGUCAUGAAUUGAUGGUAACCAGUGCAUGCUGGUCAUAUGAUGGCUCGACAGCAUUCACAGCGAGUAUUGAUAGACAAAUAAUUCAACAUGAUGUGACUGAUGGUCAAUCUCAAUCAGUUUAUGGUGAAGAUUAA